GUCUGAGCCGCAAGAACAGGUGAAUGAUUACUGAAUUACUGUAGGACUACUGUUAAUGCCGUCGUCUAAAUUGAUCCGUUAUCUUGGUCCCAUAAUAAACAAAUAGUGGAUGUUUUCACGCGAACGGUCCAAUUAACUUUAAUGGGAGCCCAAAUAAAAAUCGGAGAUACGUGACAAAAAGAGGUCGACAACUCGCCAAAAGCUUGGAAUUAGCAGCAAGGUUGAGCUGAGAGUGGCACCAUGUUGUCGGGGGAGGAGAUUCUGUGCAGCACGCGGCAAGUGAUCGCGGGCCUGGAGGCGCUUCGUGGCGAGAACCACACCCUCCUGGACGACCUGCAGAAGGCGCUGGAGGGCCGGCCGGUGGCCGACAGUGGCAGUGUGGAGCAGGAGAAGAGUGGGAUCAUCCGCCAGUCUCUGGAGAGGAUAGAGCUGGGCCUGGGAGAGGCACAGGUGAUGAUGGCUCUGUCGGCUCACCUGGGCUCCCUGGAGGCAGAGAAGCAGAAGCUGCGGACCCAGGUACGGAGGCUGUGCCAGGAGAACCAGUGGCUGAGGGACGAGCUGGCCGGGGCCCAGCAGAGGCUGCAGGACAGGGAGCAGGUGGUGGUCACGCUGGAGGAGCAGAACAGACACCUGCAGUUCAUGAGCAGCAUCCGCAAGUACGACCAGGAGGAGCCCCCACCGGAAGACAAAGAGACGGGCUCCACCAAGGAGUCCCUAGAUGACCUUUUUCCCACGGACGAGGAGGAACAGUCACAGAUAUCUCAGCCCCACGGUAGCAGUGUGGCAGCAGCGGCCCAGCAGGGAGGCUAUGAGAUCCCGGCCCGCCUGAGAACCCUUCAUAACCUGGUGAUCCAGUACGCCUCCCAGGGCCGCUAUGAGGUGGCCGUGCCCCUCUGCAAACAGGCCCUGGAGGACCUGGAGAAGUCCUCAGGCCACAGCCACCCUGAUGUGGCCACCAUGCUCAACAUACUGGCCCUGGUCUACAGAGACCAGAACAAGUACAAAGAGGCGGCGAACCUCCUGAAUGACGCAUUGGCCAUCCGGGAGAAAACCCUGGGCAUAGAUCACCCUGCGGUGGCAGCCACACUCAACAACCUUGCUGUACUGUAUGGAAAGAGAGGGAAGUACAAGGAGGCUGAGCCACUGUGUAAGAGAGCCCUGGAGAUCAGAGAGAAGGUUUUAGGCAUGGACCACCCUGACGUGGCAAAGCAGCUGAACAACCUGGCGCUGCUGUGUCAGAACCAGGGCAAGUACCAGGAAGUGGAGCAGUACUACGAGCGUGCCCUGCACAUCUACCAGAGCAGGCUGGGCCCCGACGACACCAACGUGGCCAAGACCAAGAAUAACCUGGCUUCAUGUUACCUGAAACAAGGGAAGUACAGACAAGCUGAGGCUCUGUAUAAAGAGAUCCUGACCCUGGCCCAUGAAAAAGAAUUUGGAUCUGUGGAUGGAGAGGUGCGGGAUAUCUGCGCCCACACGGCAGAGGAGGGCUCCAUGCAGGAUGGGCUGGGCAGUCUGAAGCGCAGCGGCUCGUUCACCAAACUCCGCGAGUCGAUACGCAGGAGCAGCGAGAAGCUGGUCAGGAAGCUGAAAGGAGUCGGAACUCAGGAUACCACCCCUCCGACUCCUGGGAUGAAAAGGGCUAAUUCUCUGAAUGUGCUGAACGUGGGUGCGAGGGAGCGGCAAGAAGCAGCAAGGGGCACCAGCGACCUAACAGAGAACCGAACCCUGAGCUCCAGCACCCAGAGCCUAGCACGGCGAGGGUCCCUCAGCUACACGUCUGAACACUAGCCCCCCCUCCUAACAAUCAGGAAGUACUCAUACAGCUCUGGCCCCGACUCCACUCUCUGUCUGUGGAUUGGCCUCUUGCGCCUACAUGGGUCACUCCACCCCUUCCCUGUUUAAAUCAAACACUGAUCCAUUAUCAGUUGAGGUUUGUUUACUGCACUAUGUUGUAGCUGGGGGAGGCCACUGGUACUCCUUGCCUGCUGUCUGCUAGUUUCAUCCCCUGGUGCCCCAGGUCUGGGGUAUAGAUUAGGAUACACACAGCAAUGAGGGCUGGUUUUGAGUGACGCAGAUGGUAUCCAUUUCAGACCAGUUUAAUCUGGAAAUGAAAUUACAUUUAGCUUUUUUAUAAUGAUUUAGUAAUGCUCUGUUGUGACUUACUGUACAAGGAGGGAAAUGCUUGAAUUCUUCAAUGAUUGUUCACAAUUAUGAACAUGUUUAUUUUUAUUAAGGUAGUGUCUGAAGCUAUUGGAUAUUAUCUAAAUGACUAUAGCUAUGCAUGAAAAAAUACCUUAUUUAUACAAUGUGUUUUUAAAAAAUGUGUUCCAUUCUGAUUUUAUCUUCUUCUGUUCAUGUUUACCAGUGGUUCUCAUGUUUUUGGCACUAGAUGAUUUUAAUUCCAAAACACUGAUCUGCACAAGCACAAUUAAAACAAAGAUUUACUAAUAUACAGUGGGAAGAACAAGUAUUUAAUACACUGCCGAUUUUGCAGGUUUUCCUACUUACAACGCAUGUAGAAGUCUGUAAUUUUUAUCAUA